UAAUGCGGUUCCUCCUGCUCCUGCAACUAAUGCGGUUCCUCCUGCUCCUGCAACUAAUGCUGUCCCUCCUGCUCCUGUCACUCUGUCUUACCCUCCUCAAGCCCUUGCUUGUGCUCCUGUCACUAAUGGCAGUGGAGCUGUAUCGUGGGGAAAAGAGAAGACCGAGGACAAAUUAGAGCAAUUUUGUGGUUUUAUAUUUAUGUGUAAUGCACAGACAAAACCAGAGUGCUUCCGAUACCGUGUUUUUGGGCUUCCUGGAGGAAGGAGGCAAGUUGUAGAGAAGAUCAAGGAAGGAGUGACACUUUUUCUGUUUGAUUUUGACCUGAAGCUUCUCUAUGGUGUGUACAAGGCUACCUGUCGUGGACGACUGAACUUGGAAUCUUCUGCUUUUGGAGGAAGAUUUCCUGCACAGGUGAGGUUUGUAAAUGAUAAGGAUUGUCUUCCUCUGCCGGAGAGAGUUUUCAAAGGUGCUAUAAAGGAUAAUUAUGAGGGCUCCAAAUUUAAACCAGAACUCAAUGACCAGCAGGUGAGGGAUCUGUUAUUAUUGUUUCGUCCAUGUGUUGCAUCAUCAUCAGCUGUGGCUCCAAUGCCAGCACUAGUCCCACCACAAAUGAUGCAGCCUUCAGCUUUGGAGGAUCAAUUCCAGCACUCAACGAGAUUGCUGCGUCCUCCACAGGAUCCAUAUCUAGUCGGAAUGCAACAUGGUCGUGCAGCACCAAUGAUUGAACUUCCUCCUCCACAGGAUCCAUAUCUAGUCGGAAUGCAAAACGGUUGUGCAGCACCGAUGAGUAAACAACAUUCUGUGCAACACAGUGUCGUAUUGACCUCACAGCUGUAUGGAACUGAGGCAACCAUAGACCAUGUCUAUCCAACUUUGGAGCAUCAAGUUCCGCCAGCUCCAAAUGAACCAUAUUAUUUUGCAGAAAAUCAACGGCUGUAUGCUGCUGAAGAUGCUGCCCAGACUGUUCAGGACCAUUAUCCCAGGUCUUGGGCUGCACAGAAGAUGGACCAUCGUGAACGACUCGUUGGCUUGGAGAGAGAAUAUCAUCAACUUCCCUUGCAGAGGGAAGGGCAAUUUGAUCUGCAACAGAGCAAUGUUGCUGGAUACUACAACUCUUACCCAACCCCUCCAACAUCUCAUGGUCCACCACUUAUGCAUCCACAUGACCCAGUGCCUGGGAGACCUGGGCUGGCUGAGAGGGAUGGUCCUGUUUCUUCCUAUUAUUCCUUUGUAGGGGCCACACGGUUGCAUCGUUGAUCCCUAGCAGACAAGAGAAGACGGGACUCUUAAAUGUGAUGGAAACGUCAGCAUUGCUUUGUUUGGCGGAUGUACAUUAGAACAUCUUUGUAGCCUCCUGCUCCAUUGUGCCUGUAAGAUGUCAAUUUGUUCUAAACCAUCAAGCAACAUUUUUUAGGACAAUUUUCUGACUUGUAGAAUAUAACUAUCUAAUUAUAGAUUUUAGAAGUUCAAUUUGGUGGAUGAUUUUGAGACUGGAACAAAAUUUCUAGUUGAUUGUAAAGUUUUCAGGGAAAUUAGAAAUGUGGUAACCCACGUUGGGCGGGUGUUGAGUCUCA